CAGACACCACCACAUUAUUUGUUUUUAAAAAGUUAACCUAAAAAUAUUUAAAUCAUUAUAAAAUAUAAAUAAUGGAAGACGAAGUAGAUAUAAUAAAUGUUGCAGGAUUUCGUGAGGAUGGUCGCUUACCACAUGAAUUACGUAAAAUAUCAUGUAAGUUAGGUGUAUUUUCUGAACCCGAUGGAAGUGCGUUUAUCGAACAAGGUUUAACGAAAGUUUUAGUCGCUGUAUACGGUCCACACCAGGUAAAAAUUACAAUACAUAUUAGCAAAGCUUCAAUAUUAAGUUGUUAUUUUAUUUUAAAGCCGAAAAUCAAGUCAAAAAGUCAGCACGAUGUAGCCGUUAUAAAUUGUCAAUAUAGUACAGCCGUGUUUUCAUCCUGUGAUAGAAAACGACGUCCAAGAGGUGAUCGAAAAAGUACUGAAAUGUCGCUGCAUUUAAGACAGGCGUUAUCGGCAGUAAUUCGAACAGACUUAUAUCCACGUUCCCAAAUCGAUAUCUAUUUUGAAGUGUUAGGAGAUUUUGGUGGAAAUUUUUCCGCUUGUAUAAAUGGUGCAACACUGGCACUUAUCGAUGCCGGUAUUCCAUUACAAGAAUACUUAUGUGCAUGCACAGCCAGUAUAGUUCAAAAUAAUACAACAUUAGUGGAUGUUUCCCGUAUGGAAGAGAAUAUUGGUGGACCUGUUUUAACAGUCGCUUGUUUCCCGGAAUCGGGUAAAAUCGUAUUUAUGGAUAUGAGCCAACGAUUUCAUAUCGACUAUUUAAAACAAGUACUUGAAGUGGCGAUUGAAGGAUGUAAAAGUGUUAAAAAAAUUUUAGAUGAAGUUGUUCGAUUACAUAUUGCUGAAGUAGGUUCAAUGAGCGGUUGGGGUAAAGAUGCAGCUGCACAAAUGGAAACUCAAACUUAAAAGGGUUUAGUAGUUGUGCCUAAGUAAGGCUCUGCUUAUUUUUGGGUGUAAAAAGUCGAAAAAUAAUUCUCGUUCUUCGCCGUUGAAUAGAAAAAACACUUUUAUUUCUUAUAUCCAAAAGUACAGGGCAGUCUUUACCUCGGGUGUGCAAGUGGUGCGUGGCCAGGUUAAUUUUUCGGAGACAACAAAAAAUCUUAUUUUCGCACCUCCGACACGAAACAGGGUUUA